AUGGAAUUUGUGAGGAAGGGAUGUAGUGAGACAUUUGUGGAUUCAGCUUGUGAAUGUGCUUCAAUGACUUGUUGUAUUUGGGUAUUCACCUAUUACAAGGUUAAUGUGACUGGUUAUUUGAGGCAGAAAGUUGCAACUUUGGAAGAAACCAGUAAGAAACUAGAGUCAGCUCUAGAAUCAAAAAGUACAUUUUUGUCUCACAUUUCACAUGAAUUUAGGUGCCCAUUGCUGUCGUCAUUGGGAAGUUUGGAAUUAUUGAAAGAAACAAAUAUGAGUGACAAGCAAAAUCGACUGGUUGACAUGAUUAUUUCAUCCAACAAUAUUUUGCUAAUGCUCAUUGAGGAAGUGUUACAAUUGAUGAAAAUUGAAUUCAAUUCAAAGAAUGACAAACGAGAUGAGUAUUUAAAAACAUUCAAUUUGGGAGAAUGUCUAAAAUCCCUUAAAGAUGUCAUUUCUGGUUAUUCGAAUCAUUUUUCAGUCAAGUUGGAAUUUGACUAUUCUCAAGUUGAAAAUCUAAUUAUUGAAUCAAAUCCAUCAAGUUUACAUCAAAUUUUAUCUAACUUACUAACUAAUGCAGUUAAAGCCUCAAGUAAGAAUAACACUGUCGAAUUGGAAGCCAAAAUUAUAGAGACAAUCCAAGAGGAAUCAGCAGAAUUCGCUAGAGUUGAAUUUAAAAUCAAGGAUCAUGGAUGUGGCAUUCCAGAAUCAAAUAUUAAGGAAAUUUUCGAGCCAUUUAUUCAAUUACACAAUGUGAACGAAUCUCACGUUCCAUCAUCAGGAUUGGGCUUAACUACUGUCUUACAAUUUAUUAAACAAAUGGAUGGAACUAUAGAUGUGGAAUCUGAACUAGAAAAAGGAAGUACAUUUAUUGUCACACUACCUUUCAAAAUAAUGAAAAAGGCGGAAUUUUCUGAUUGGGAUAAUAGUGGAGCCAAGAUGAAUUUUUCAAUUCAACAGAGAUACCUUUCUCUUUUAUCAAAUGUUCAUGAAAUGAGUGAAGAAUCUGCUGCUACCAAUUCUCCAGAAGUUUAUUCAAAGAUUAUUCUGGCAGAAGAUAAUGCUAUCAAUAGAAAAGUCAUCCUCAAACUCAUUGAAAGUAUUACAGGAUAUACAGCUGAUUUUGUCUCAGAUGGAAAGGAAUUAGUUAAAAAUUUUGACAUUCGACGCCAUAGGUUGGUGAUUACAGAUCUUAACAUGCCAAACAUGGAUGGUAUUGAGGCAGCUAAAGAGUUGAAGCGUUUGUAUGGAAAUUCUGUCAAAAUUAUUAUCCUCACUGGUAAUUCAGCUGUCAAU